GUUUAUCAUUUUAACUAACAACACCUUCUGUAUCGCAUUCAGGCAGCAGGCAUGGCCAAGCAUGACUUGAAUAUUCUACGUGCGAUACUGUUCAGGUGCCGGAGACCUUUCAGUGGCCGCCCAAAGUCCUCUUUUCGCAAUGUCAUGACAAGAAAGCCGCCGCCCGGCCAUGACAAUCCUGAUUUCGUCUCGAUAGUGGAUGCGCCUGCUAAGAUUGUUUCGGUCAGUCAGAAGCAUUCAAAGAUAGGUCUGGCGGUCCUGGCGGUCAUUCCAAUCACAGCUUUCUGUCUGGGAACAUGGCAGAUCCAGCGACUGGACUGGAAAACGAAGCUCAUUGCAAAAUUCGAGGACCGACUGGUCCGACCACCACUCCCACUUCCUCCGAGGAUUGACCCGGAUGCAAUCCAUGAGUUUGAUUAUAGAAGGGUCUAUGCUACAGGGAAAUUCAGACAUGACAAAGAGAUGUUGAUCGGGCCGCGCAUGCAAGAUGGAAAAGACGGAUUCAUGGUUAUAACGCCGUUUGAACGCGAAGGAGGAAGCACGAUUCUCAUAAAUCGAGGCUGGAUUAGCAAGGACAAGAAGUAUCAACAGGACCGAGAUCCUUCGUCACUCCCACAGGGUCAAGUGAUGGUGCAAGGCCUGCUUCGAGAACCGUGGAAGAAGAACAUGUUUACACCUCCAAAUGCCCCAGAGAAGGGCAAGUUCUAUUUCCCCGAUGUUGCCCAGAUGGCGCAGGUCUCUGGUGCUCAGCCGAUAUGGAUCGAGGAGACUAUGACCCCAGAUCUGUUGGUAAGCUGGGAUCGAGAAGCAAAAGGAAUUCCCAUUGGGAGAGCAGCGGAAGUCAAUCUCAGAAACAAUCAUUUCCAGUAUAUAUUCACAUGGUACUCAUUAUCUGCCGCCACCACACUGAUGAUGUGGAUGCUUCUCAAAAAGAAACCUGUGGACAGAGCCCGACGAGUCCGGCAUGUCACCAAUUGGUGACAACCCCAUCAAAACCCGUUCAUCAAAUUACUCUCCAUUCUCCUCAAACUCGGCCAGCGCCUCUUUUGGGAGCAGUUCGCGAGCAGCUUUAUGAAGCUCACCCUCGCCCUGAAGCACCCUCUGUCGCUGCAUCAGCAUGAGAACGUCACUGCGAUCGACUCGCUUUUUGCGCCGACCGUGGUUCGAAUAGGCGGCAAGGUCUUCGCCGAUCUGUUCAAAGAACCAUUCUGUCGCUUGCUCUAGGGCUUUCAUAUGGUCUUUUCCGAGCUUAGGUUUACGGUUGCCAAGCCGUGACUGGGAAUCAAUGGCCACCCUUUUGAUCAGGCUUGAUGGGACUGCAGGGACCAUCUCUCCAUGCCGUGUCAUCUUCACUCUUUUCCGACGAGUUUGUGGCGCCAGUGCUACUUCUAUGUCCGGAUCCGGAUGUGGAGACGCUUCUUCUAGGCCAGAUGAUGCUCCCGUCGACAUAUUAUCGCCCGGCGACUGUAUAGAUGGUGUGCCCCCCACCAAUAUUGUCGGAUCCCGGUGGGCAUGGCUGGCAGCCGCUUCUGUGUCGACCAGCUCGAAUUGGAAGCUCUGGUCCAAACCUGGAAUAUUCAUAGUGCUCUCAUCGAUUGCAGGCGGGGUUGGGGACUUCUGCAAUUGAUUCAAAUGUUCUGUCUCUCCGCCAACAUCAUAUGAUUCAUCUUCAAAAGCUAA